CUCAACAUUUAGUUCCUGUAAGCUUUCGUUACAGACAUCACAAUGCAGAGCCUGAUUAUUUAUAUUCUUACUGUAUUGUGUUUUGUCCCUGGAAAUAUUGGAAAAAAGGGAUUUGGUCCUGGAGAACAAGAAUGGGGCUAUGUACAAGUGCGUCCGUAUGCCAACAUGUUCUGGUGGCUUUAUUAUACUACGGCAAAUGUUAGCUCAUUUUAUGACAAACCAUUAAUUAUAUGGCUACAAGGUGGGCCAGGUGGAUCUUCGACGGCAUAUGGAAAUUUUGAAGAACUAGGACCUCUCGAUACAAAUCUGAAUCCGAGAAAUUAUACUUGGGUCAAGAAUUAUAACGUUCUCUUUAUUGAUAAUCCUGUUGGUACCGGCUUUAGUUAUGCUGAAACCACAUCAGGAUUCGUGAAAACAAAUGCUCAGAUUGCAAGCGAUCUUUUAGAAUGUAUGCGAGGAUUCUACAAACAAUUGCCAAAAUUUGAGAAAGUGGCAACAUACAUUACCACUGAAUCGUAUGGUGGAAAAAUGGGCGCAGAGUUUGCUCUUGUCUGGUAUCGAGCUCAAAAAGCUGGUACCAUCAAAAGUAAUUUAAAAGGAGUCGCACUCGGGGAUUCUUGGAUUUCUCCUAUUGAUUCUGUGAUGACAUGGGCACCAUUUUUACUUAGCACGGGUAUGGUUGACACGGAAGGUUUUGAAGCAAUUAACACUGCGGCGAAAAUAACAAAAGAUAAAGUGGAAAAUAAUCAAUGGGAAGCAGCAACAGAUUAUUGGGCUUAUACGCAAGGCAUUGUCUUACAAAAAACUUACAAUGUUGACUUUUACAAUAUUCUUACAAAAAUAAGUUACUCGGGGUUAAAUCUUUCAUCAACACAGGAUGUACUUUUCUUUGACAAAGAUACCAUAUAUCAAUACUUGGUCCAGCCUCAUUUUUUUUCACUCGACAGUUUGAUGAAUGGUCCAGUGAAAAAAGCACUCGGUCUCAAAGUUACUCAUGGUGUCCAAUCUAAUACAGUUUUCACGUACUUGAGCGAAGAUUUUAUGAAACCUGUUAUUCGUGAAGUGGAACUGUUACUUAAUGAAACCAACUUAAAUGUAUUCGUGUACACUGGACAUAUGGACUUAAUUGUUGAUACACCAGGUACUCUUCUCUGGGUCGAAAAAUUGAAAUGGAAAGAUGCCGACAUCUGGAAAAAGUCAAAAAGAUAUCCGCUCAUAGCCGAAAAUAUUGUCGAAGGUUAUUUUAAAGCACAAAAUAAUUUCAGGAUGUAUUGGGUCAACAGAGCUGGGCAUAUGGUUCCAAGAGACAACCCAGCAGCUCAGGAAAUAAUACUACGGGACUUAACAAACAAUGCAAACAAUUGAAUAAGAAGUAUAAUAAAAACUAGCUUUUCUCUUUAAACAUAUAUGUGAUUUCUUUUUAUACAUAUACAUAUAUGUUUAUA